ACAACUUAGUGCAUAGAUUAUACACAUAUUAUUAGUGUUUAACUCAAAUCAGUUGCACAACUGAUUAAUUGAAAUCUGAGGAGAAAUAUUGUGAAUACUUAGCGCUAUUUAAUGUGAAAUAUAUAAAAAAAGAACGACAAAUUAUUGAUAAAAUGAAACCGUUGAUUGAUUUUGAUGAGUGCCUUAGGGACUCUCCAAAGUUCAGAGAGCAAUUAGAAACCGAAGAAGCAAAUAUUGAUGGGCUAGAACAAAAGCUAGAUAAGGUACUGAAAGCUUGCAGCAUAAUGAUAGAAACGGGAAAGACUUAUAUGAAUCACAGAGGUACCUUUACAAAUGCACUAUGGGAUUUGACCGGAAGUUUCUCAGAAGACCCAACAGUGAUGGCACCACUGAACCGUAUGGCACAUGCUCUGCAGGAGAUGACCAAGUUUCAUUCAAUAUUGCUGGACCAGGUUUCCCGAACUGUGAUAAAGAAUCUCACUGCAUUUAUAAGGGUGGAUAUCAAAGGAGUGAAGGAGAGCAAACAUCAUUUUGAUAAAAUCUCGAAUGAUCUUGAUUUAGCUUUAAUUAGAAAUUCUCAGGUAUCUCGUCAUAAGUCCGCCGAUGUAGAGGAGGUAGUGAAUCUCUUGCUCGCGACAAGGUCGUGCUUCCGUCACACAGCUCUCGAUCAUGUACAGAAGAUCACAAUGUUGCAGGCCAGAAAACGACACGAGAUAUUGGCGACGUUUCUGUCGUAUUUACAAGCGUGCUGCACUUACUAUCACCAAGGCGCCGAUCUGACAGAGGACCUGGAGCCGUUUCUCAAGUCAACGGCAGAUGAGAUAACAACAAUGCGUAACGAUACAAAAAUAUUAGACAAAGAGAUGGAGAAUCGUCAUACGAUUGUAAACAGUAAAGACACAGUGUUGCCAAGCUGUAAAACAAAUUCCGAAGGCGAUUCAAAAGAGGGUUUGUUGAGUACGCCUUGCCUCAAAAAUCUGCCUAGGAUGCAAGGCUACUUGUUCAAGCGGACAUCGAACGCUUUCAAGACUUGGAACAGAAGAUGGUUUUAUCUAUAUGACAACAGACUUGUUUACAGAAAAAGAACGGGCGAAUUGAAUGUAACGGUGAUGGAAGAAGACCUAAGGUUAUGUACAGUGAAGCCGGUUCACGACGGCGAACGAAGAUUCUGUUUCGAAGUAUUGUCGCCAUCUAAAAGUCACAUGCUCCAAGCGGACUCCGAGGAGAUGUUGAGCUGCUGGAUAGCGGCGCUGCAGAGCGGCAUCCGCUCGGCGAUACAGCAGGGCCAGAGCCGAGAGAACCCGGAGUCGCAGCUAGUGCUCGUGCCGGACGACACGAGGCUCAGCGACACCAGACGGAACACGACCAGUGUCGCCAUGAAGAAAGUUAGGAUUUGGGAGCAACUUCUCAGCAUUCCCGGGAACAAUUAUUGUUGUGAUUGCGGUAGUCCGAACCCGAGGUGGGCGAGCAUUAAUCUCGGCAUCACACUAUGUAUAGAAUGCUCGGGAAUACACCGUUCGCUGGGCGUGCACGUCAGUAAAGUCAGGUCUCUGACGCUCGAUGACUGGGAACCGGAAAUUAUAAAGGUAAUGGCCGAACUAGGGAACAAAUUAGUGAAUUUAAUAUAUGAAGCUAACACAGAGGGCGCGACUGUUGCCAGAGCGACGCCGGAUUGUGAAACUUGUGUUCGCGAAGCGUGGAUCCGUGCUAAGUACGUCUCGCUGAUGUUUGUACGAGAGCUCGUGAACUUUGAUGCCCUCGAACAGUCUCCUCUCAAGUCCGGCAGACGCUGGUCCGUUAGAAGAGCUCGACGAAGAGUGCGUGUCCCGCCUUCCGUCCCAGAUACAAUUAGCGAUGAGAAAAGCGAUGUUAACAGCGAUAUGAGCGUAUCAGAAAGUUCAACGAAAUCAGACGGAAGUCCGGUGCUGUUGAUCGGGAAGGAGUUGGCGAGCGAACGCGACGUGGAUCUCAGUUUGCCCUCGGAUCACGAUUCUACAGAGGGAGAGGACGGAGAGCUCGACGCGGAGGGCAUGGAGCGGCUGAGCCCGGCGGCGGUGCUGUGCCGCGCGGCGCGUGCGCACAACGUGCCCGUGCUGCGCGCCGCGCUGCUCGCCGCCGACGUCAACGUGGCCGCGCACGACGGCCGCACGCCGCUGCACCACGCCGUGCUCAGCGGCUCGGUGAUGGCGUGCUCGUUCCUGUUGCUGAACGGAAGCAAGCUGAACGUGCAAGAUGAAGAUGGGAAGACUCCCUUGCAUCUCGCCACGGAAGCAGGACACACCGGACAGGUUUGCCUUCUCCUGCGGUAUCGCGCCGACCAAUCGAUACGUGACAAGGACGGACGAUCACCGCUCGACAUCGCCGUGGAACACGCCAACGCCGAUAUUGUUACUCUGCUACGGCUGACGAAGCUGAACGAGGAGAUGCGCGAGAGCGAGAUGAGCUCUAACGACGACACGUACAACGAGGUGUUCCGCGACUACACGCAGCUCGCGCACUCGCACCCCGAGCGGCUCGUGCGCGCCCGCAACAACAACUGCGAACACAACAGUGAGCAGUCGACUGAAUGACGUCACCCGAACAUCGCUCGGCGACGGUGGCUGCUGUGGCCUCACAAGCACUGAAAGGUUUUUCCGAUCGUAGGCGAAUUCUUUGUUGACAACCCUAGGACCGUUGCUCACCAAAGGAAUCGUAGUGGGGAUGAGUUAAAUGAAAAACAUAUAUAAACAUACAUGUACGUGAAUACCUACAUGCUGCGUAUACACACGUUUAGUUAUUAGCUAUCUUAUCUUAUCUUAGUUUAUUUGCUAUCGUGAUUGAUUGAGUUACCUAGAGAAAAAAAAACUGAUGACGUCAAAAUAUGUCUCCCAGCGCUGUGUUGUGAAUUUUGAAUGUUUUUAAACAGAUUUUAAGGCCUAAUUGUUUUAUUAAAUAAAAUAAAAAAAAACAUAAUUGGUAAUUGAUAAUAUUUUAUUGGGCAGGUUUUAUAAAAUCGUAAUCUAUUAAAAUUUUGAAAAUAAAUUUUUUACAUGUGUUUUGUUGCUUCUUAAAAAUCAAUACGAUAUCAAUAUAGAAUAAUUUAGUAAAAACAUUUUUUCAACAGAAUCGGCGCAUUUGAAAAGCUUUUGAUUAGGAACUUUUUAGGAAUAAAAUUUUUGAUACGGCUUUACAAUAAAAAUUUAAAGAAUACAAAUUUUAUACAUUCUUUUUUAAUUUAAACGACUGCGGCUUAGUUUCCUUUGCGUCGUAACAAACAAAAAAAAUUUUUUUUUUAAUGUUACCACUUGAGACAGUCGGACAAACAAGUUUUUAAUCUCACAUACUCAUGGUCCACCGCCACGGUCAAAAUCUCUACUCUACCCCAUGAUCUGUAAGCGGAGUAAAAUGUCCCUUCGGAACAAGGUGACACUUUACAAAACUUGCAUAAGGCCCGUCAUGACUUACGCGAGUGUGGUGUUCGCUCACGCGGCCCGCACACACAUAGACACCCUCCAAUCCCUACAAUCUCGCUUUUGCAGGUUAGCUGUCGGGGCUUCGUGGUUCGUGAGGAACGUUGACCUACACGACGACCUGGGCCUCGAAUCAAUUCGGAAAUACAUGAAGUCAGCGUCGGAACGAUACUUCGAUAAGGCUAUGCGUCAUGAUAAUCGCCUUAUCGUUGCCGCCGCUGACUACUCCCCGAAUCCUGAUCAUGCAGGAGCCAGUCACCGUCGACGCCCUAGACACGUCCUUACGGAUCCAUCAGAUCCAAUAACCUUUGCAUUAGAUGCCUUCAGCUCUAAUACUAGGGGCAGGCUUAGGGACCCCGGUAACCGUACUCGUCGAACUCGACAAAGAGGUCGAAGUGCAACCUAACCCAUGCAUCAGCCCGCUGAGUUUCUCGCCGGAUCUUCUCAGCGGGUCGCGAUUCCGAUCCGGUAGUAGAUUCAUUCGCGAAACAAUUGCUCUUCAGUUGUUAGGUCUCCUUCGGAGGCGCUCGGGCAGUUGUUAGCAAAUCCCACCCCUCUUGGCUGAGCCUUUGCUCGCCCACCUGUCCUGGUGAAACUGGAAAGGCCUUCGGGCCACCAGUAAACUUUCAAUCAUAAAAAAAAAAAAAAAAAAAAAAAACGGUCAAAAUCACUAUGUAUUUGUCGCCAAACAAUUUGAGAUUUGACGAUCGAAGAUUCCACUGUGUUCGAUAACGGCUCUCGCAGACUCCAAACUGAAAUGAGUGAUUGCUUCACGGCAGAAAUGGACAAGAUCAAAAUAUCCACCCUUGGGUGCUCACAAUACGCCCUGUCACAAGUGAACAUUUCGUUUGUGAUUCCGGACGUCUUAUCCUUUAGGCCACGACGACUCCGAAAUUCAAUGUAAAAGCUCAAAAAUCUUAAAAAUUGUACUUAACUUUCAUUGGUGGUAGGACUUCCUGUGAGUCCGCGCGGUGAAACAGUAAUGCGUUUCGGUUUGAAGUGUGGGGCAACCGUUGUAACUAUACUGAGACCUUAGAAUUUAUAUCACAAGGUGGGUGGCGGCAUUUACGUUGUAGAUGUCUAUGGGCUCCAGUAACCACUUAACACCAGGUGGGCUGUGAGCUCGUCUACCCAUCUAAGCAAUAAAAAAAUAAUAAAUAAAAACCCCUUCAUCCACUCAUGCCUUCAUUUAUUUCUGAAAUAUGCACUCGCUAAGUAGCUGCUCUUGAACGGUUAGCCCUAAUCUAGGUGUGCUCGGUUAGCUGUUAGCAAACUUACCCAACUGAGCAAUUGGGUGCGCUCACCCAUCAUAAAGAAGCUGGUGAGCUAUCCUUCCAAAUAAUAAUAAAACAAUAUUACUAAAAGUAUGGAUACACACAAUUUUCCUAUCGCGAGGUAAUGGUUUGACAACUAAGAGAAUCGUUUAAUCAUUAUUCAGACUUGUACUACAGUGUGCUUAGUGCGAGUUUUUUAACGUCUCGAUAGCGUAAAAGUUAGCCUAUAUUUGUAUGGAAUGGGAUCGUUUACGUACGUUUGCCGCUAGGGGCGCUGUUCCAACUGCAUACAAAAUUGGGUUAACUUUUACGCUACCGACAACGUUAAGAAACUUGCACUAAGCACUCGGAUAUCAAAAUGAACAGGCUAGUAAUAUUAACGAUAACCACUGAACCAUGAGAUGGGCUGUGAGUUUGUUUGUCCGUCUACUGUUGGCGCUGAUGUUCGUGAUUAAAAAUAUUUUAUUGAGAUUGAUAAAUAAUUGUGGGUGGUCCCACGUGCGAUAGCAUCACAAUAUCUGGUGUUUUGUGAAGUUGUGUAUUAGUAGACCAAAGAUUGUUGUUGUCAAUGUCGAUCGAUUUAUAUUUUCGGUGUCCAACGAUUCGAUAUGGUUCCAUUUAUUAGAUAAUUUAACGAAUAUUAAUAAAUGCUUAUUUUAGAAAAUUAAUUCGAAUUCCGGAAUAGUUUCAAAUAAGGACUGUACAUAUAAAAAUCCAUUCGAAAAACCUUUAUUUUUUUAUCUGUUCAGGCGUUAAAUAUGUUUAGAAUAUUUAUUUUUUCUCUAUCGUAAAGAUUCAAUUAUUAAGUGUGCAUAAGAAAAAAAGAAAGUUUUUUGUUUAAUUACUACAUAUAUAUGUACGUAACGUGAAGAUGUCACUAGUGCUUACACCCUACCUGGAUGCAAUAACGAUUUUUUAAUAGUUCAAGUUAAGGCAAGUCGGCGAACAUAGGUAAUUAAAAAUUUUUUAUUUUUAUUUUUUUUUAUUCCCUUUGUACACAGACGAGCAUGCGGCCCACAUGAUGGUGAGUGGUUACCGUCGCCCAUGGACUUCAGCAAUGCCAGGGGCAGAGCCAAGCCGCUGCCUACCGUUGAGUACUCCGGUACUACCGGUAAAUUCAGAAAUAUUUAAUUCCUGAAGGAACGUCGUAAUUGCUCUGAUUCAAUUUUAUGUUGUGGUAAGACACACCGUGCGUACUAAUAAGAACGCACUCUAAUAAUAAAGGCACGAAUAAAAUGGAAAAUAGUGACGUCAUUAAUUGUGAUGGACUAUUUAGGAAGUUCUCGAAAUGCUUAAUAAUUACUUUUACAAAUACAACUCAUAAAGUUUUACUUAUGUAAAUUUAUAACUCUUUUUCGAUUUAACUAAUGACACUAAUGACUAUGGCUAAGGUUUUCCAAAACUUUAUUAUCAUGCUGUCAUUUUGUGCUGAAAAUUAUUAACAAACACAACGAAGAAAUCAGCCAAAUUUGUCAAGUCGCUUACGAGCGAUUCUCCGUAUUACAUGAUUGAUUUUUAAAUACAUAUAUAAUAAUUAAUUUAAUCUUAAAUUAAUCUCACGAUCAUUCCAAUGUCUUCGCAUUUAAAAAAAAGAAAAGAAUUUAUUUUCAUAUAAAUAUUUAGCUCAUUCUGUGAAUCUCAACGCUGUGUGGUUUAUUUUUGUAUUUUUUAUUAUUAUUUUAUAUUUAAUUUAUAAUAUACGGUAUUUUUUAAAUGACUCUAAACAAAUCGGUGCGAUAUGGAACUUACCAAAGUUGAAUUUUUUAGUCUAGAUUCUAGAGAAUUAUCAUUGGCGGGUCCUUCAAAAUUGACGGAUUCAAUUCUCUUUUUUUUUUUGUUAUGGACCUAUUUUAAAAAGCCAUCUUUUUUGUAAAUUCGUCUUCAGAAAUUACUGUAACAUAUUAUAUGAAGAUUGUUUACUAAAUAAAGUGUUGCUGGUUUUUGUUUUGACUAUCUCCCGUGCUCAUUAUCUUCAUUUCGUUAUCGCAGCAUCCGGUACCAGAACAAAGUUAAUUCCUUUAACCUGAAUUUCAUCUGAUAUCAUUUAUGUUAAUUUAACGAAUGUCAAAAAACUCAAUAACAGCUAUUUUUACCUAUUCUUAUUUUUCGAAUUUUUACUGGGAUACUAGUGCCUGGUACCUAUGUGAUCUGAAAGAAAAAAACGUUUUCCUAAAAGAGUCUUAAUUUUCGACAACAUUAUUAUGUGACAAUUAGAAAUUGUACGAUCGCGCAUACGAGUCCGAAGAUUUUCUGUUCAGUUAUUAAUUACUUACCAUUAUUUUAAAUCCAGCCUUCAAACUUUCAUGGCUUCUAGUCUGAAAAUUGGGAUGCUAUAGAACAAUUGAAAUAAAGACCUCUCGCCCUAAGAUGGAUGAUAAAGUCAAGUUAACUGAAUUACGGAAACCGCUUCAUACUAGUUAAGCUGUGAUCUAGUUGGUAUAAUACUGGCAUAAAGAUAUUUCGAAUUUUAAAAACUUUACCACGACUUUUUUGACUUGAAGCUUAAUCAUUAAAAUCAAUUUUUGGCUAUCACCAAAUCAACGUUCUCAUAAGCACCCGAAUUGAGGAUUUCUAGUCCGAAAACAAUAACUUGGGGGACGUUAGUAUUCUAUAGUAAUUAAUAGAUUAAGCUCUGAAAAUUCUCGCUUUCUGAGAUCGUGUCAUGGGACAUGAAUGAUUGUCGAUUUCCAAAGAACUAUGAAUUUGGAUUUGGGUUUGGAAUUAACCUUGUUCAACGGAAUUCUGAAUGUACGUUUCGAAACAUAAAAAGUCGUUCGAAGGGCAUUUCGCGGUAAGCCACAGCACUGUUCCGUCCCUGGUGUUGCCGAUGUCCUGAGGGCAGUGACCGUUUACCAUCAGAGGGCCUUAGGGUUGCAACACUAAAAUAAAGAAUUUUAAUCUAUUUAAAUAAAAUAAUUUACAAGCAAAAAUACCGUAAAUAAUAUCGUAGUCUUUUGAUUAAAAUGUAUUUUCUAAUAUAUUUCUAAAAAUAUAGAGUAUUAUUCCUCACUGCGGCGUUGGCAAUGCUCAUUAAUGAUAUCGGUAAUUCACCGCUAUCAGUCGCUCAUUAGAUUCUUUUGCUUGUGACGUCAAUGGAAAACAGUACUGUACUUAUAAAGCUUGUAUUAUUUCCUCUUUCUGCAAUCUGCAAUCAUCUACUUUAAAAAUUGUAAAAUUGUUCGCAACCCUAGGUGGCAAGCUCUCACGUUGCGUUUCACGGUAAUAAAACGUCACAAUAACUUGCAGCAGUAAACCGGUUAUGAGUCGCGUGCUACCAAAUGUUAAUAUUACUAACUUGCCAAUUCUUUUUAUGUAAAGAAGACUUGCCCCCAUUGUAUGAAAUAAAAAUGAAAUAUAUGUUUAAAAAAAAAGCUUUAAGUUUUACUUCCUAGUAACUUUCCAUUUACGCUAUUUUUUUACGCGCUUUUUUACGUAUAUUACAACAUUUACAAAUAUAUUAUAUUUAGGAUAUCUUGGAAAUACUAAAUAGUUAUGCUUAGUUAAAAAGUACAUAUUGUAUAAUAAUAUCAUGAAAUGUUAGUUUUUAAGUUCUAUGUUAUCGUGUUACAAACUCUGUGACCAUUAAAUCGAAAGAAUACGUUCCUGAACUGAUUUGAAAAAUAUCAAUAAAGUAUUUUGGGACUCUUGUUAUAUAUUAUAUAAUAAUUAUUAAGAAAAAUCUUAUGAAAUGAAAUAAAAGAGAUUUGAAUUUUUCAGUGAUGAACUUUGGCUACAAGUAGAACUGAUCUUUGAAGAUAUACUCGGUAGAGAUAAAUUUUGUGUAGAAUGUACGCUUUGUUUCAUUCAAAUCGGAUAGUUAUUGUGUCUGUCUGUUACAGUUUGACGUUUAAACCAUUGAAGACAUGAUGAUCUAUUGGUGAACGUAUUAAAAUUAAUUGCAUACAGAAUUGAAUGAAUUAUCAGCAUUAACAAUAAAUUUGUUUCAUUUUAUAGAAACUUUACUAUUUAAUUGAAUAUGCAAUUUCGAAAAGGGCACAUGUCGCAUAUUUUGUCAAAUACGUUUUUUCAUAUACUUACAUGUAGUUUUGAGGCUCACCUACACCCAUUUUAUAAUGAUUCCAGUAAUUUUCAAUUGCUAAUUAACACAAAAAUAUAUCUCAAAAGUUAAUACUUUAAAUUUUACACUGCUUUAGAAAAUAAUCAGUUUUUUUUUAUUUCCUGAAAAUUUUACAUUUUCAGAGAUGUGCCCUUUUCGAAAUUGUAUAUUCAAUUGUAUUUGACUAAUGAUAUUCGUAUUUUAUUAAAAAUUCAGCUUAAAGGAGCUUAGAAAAUCUGACAACGCAUACAAUUGUACCAAUGGAUGUGAUAUGAAGAUAUUUUGAAUCUCCCGAAAAUAUAUAAUAGGGUCUCCGCCUACACGAUAAAACGUGUAGGUAAUCCACGCGGACGAAGUUACGGAUGGAAAGCUAGUAAAUAAAUAUUAUCGUGGCCAAAUUGAUAACAUAUGAUAUGCCUUAUAUUCAAUAAUGUAUGAUAUAUUAUGAUAUAUAUUAUGAGAUAUAUAUGAGAUAUAUUAUGAUAUAAUGUAUGAUAUAUAUUAUAUGAGGCCGUCAGCCCAAAAGUGGCCUAAGCUUACCAUAGUUAUUAUGGAGCAAUGAGGUUUAAGUUUUCAUGAAUUUGAAUUUGAGUAGGCAAAAAAACAAUAUGCGCAAAAAUAAUGCUUACAAAGCCAUCUGUUAUCUAUGAGUGAAACUAUGGAUAGGCCGGCUUUGCAUAAAAAUAUAUGUAUUACAUUUUAAAUAAAUUGCAUUGUACAUAAUUGAAUAUGCAAUUUCGAAAAGCGCACAUCUCUGAAAAUGUAAAAUGUUCAGGAAAUGAAAAAAACUGAUUAUUUUCUAAAGCAGUGUAAAAUUUAAAAUAUUAACUUUUGAGAUAUAUUUUAGUGUUAAUUAACAAUUGAAAAUUACUGGAAUCAUUAUAAAAUGGGUGUAGGUAAACCUCAAAACUACAUGUACCUAUAUGAAAAAACGUAUUUGACAAAAUAUGCGACAUGUGCCCUUUUCGAAAUUGCAUAUCUAUACUAAUAUUAUAAAGAGGAAAGAUUUGUUUGUUUGUUUGUUUCGAAUAGGCUCCGAAACUACUGGACCGAUUUGAAAAAUUCUUUUUCCAUUAGAAGCCGACAUUGUCCCUGAUGAACAUAGGCUACUUUUUUUUUUUUUUUUGGUUUCAUGUGUGUUUUAAUGUUUCCGAAGCGAAGCGAGGGCGGGUCGCUAGUUCAAUUAUAAGCAUGGUUAUGAAAAAUUGUGGGUUAGGCCACUUGUGCGCUGAUGGUCUCAUAUACAUAUAUGUCGCUUUAUGUUAAAUUUUACGUAUACGUUCGUAGCGGUACGUCCGCACGGCGGAAGAUCUUCCCUUUCCCGUUUUGCACGUUGAACUUCAAGUUGCAUGCACAAUUAUUAUCCACGAACGAAAUUAUAAAUGUAAAUAUUAAUCGUGAUUACGAAUAAAUCUAAACGUUAUUUGAUAAAUUGUGGUACUAAACAAUCGAAAAAAAAUUUGUUACGUAAUUAAUUAUAAAGGUAAAAUAAAUAAUAAAUAAUUGAAAUUUGAAAAUAUUAUCAGGAGAUGUAAAUUACAAAUUGUGCUAUGACCCAUCUAUAAUCUAAUGCGAGCUUAGCUUUAUCAAAACCUAACGCAGUAAGGAAAGUAUAAAAUGAUCGGCAAAGCUAGAAGGUUAUAUGUCCAUAAGGUGCCGAUUAUGGCGAACUUCUUAAAGUGCCUCUUUAUACUACACUACCUCUAAGAAAACGUGUUCUUGUCGUUUUCUUGGUUUAGUGAUUUAAAACAAUAAAAUGUUCUGAAAGCGUUAAUGCGUUUUGAUUAAGUGGGAUUCACAAUUUUUGAAAUUACUCGUUGAAAUAAUUUUUUGUGAUUCAUGUGACAAAUCAUUUUUGCUUAAACUUAUAAGUAAACAACUUUAUCCAGUGUAAAGGUACAUAUUAUUAUGUCAUCAAGUAUAAAAGUGAGCGAUACGCUAAUUUUGCUCUUGAUGAAAAUGUUUUAAGCCAUUAUGGUACAAACUUUGAAAUGGAAAGAGAAACAAUAUUAUUUGUUGUUCUGUGUUAUUUUAAAAUCAAUACUCUCGUUAUAAUAUGUACUGUUUAUUUGUAUAUCCGUAAUUAUAUUGAAAAUAAAAUAUUCCAAAAUCGUUA